AUCUGAUUUGUGGUGUGUACUCCGCAGAAAUUACCUUAUUAAAGUUUAUUUACAGAGUGAUUGUUAGGAGUGUCAUCAGAGUACAUGGAAGAGAGCUACACAAAACACGAUAAAAGACCUCAUAAGAUGUCAUCAUUUUCAGCGGCUGGACCUAGUACACCACUGCCUGCUAAGAAAAGGAAGUACACUGUCCUUAGCAUUGAAGAUAAAAUUGCCGUACUUAGACGUAUUGGUGCUGGCGAAAAUGUUGCUCUUGUGGCUGCUGAGUAUGGAAUCAGUUCUAGCACAAUUUAUGACUUAAAAAAACAAAAGGAUGCACUUUUGGAGUUCUAUACACAGACUGUUGACAACAAAAGAUAUUUAGACCAAAAAACAUCUAAGAACUCUAAGCUUCCUCUGCUUGAGAAGUGUCUUUAUGAAUGGUAUAUAAAGAAACAGAAUGAAGGCAUGUUUAUCAGUGAACGUAACCUCAUAACGAUGGCAAUGGAAUUUUACAAGGAACUCAGCCUUGAAGAACCUUGUGAGUUCAGCACAGGAUGGCUUGCAGAUUUUAAAAUAAGGCACGGAAUAUUUCAGUCAGGAGCUGGUGAUGUGAAUAUAGAAGAUACUGGCGCUGAGAGAGUCGAUACUAGUCUGGGCUUGGAGCAGUCUAGGAUAACCCCACAACCCAUGGCAACCCCAGCAUUUAUUCAAGAUGAUUACAAACCAAAGCUGCUACAAUUACAGCACAACCAUCACUUCAAAAAGAUCAUGGAAGCACUUGCUUGUGAUGAAGCUUUUGUAGAUGUCACCCUAACAGCGGAGGGACGUACCAUCAGGGCUCACAAGUUAGUAGUGUCAGCUAUGAGUCCAUACUUCCAACAACUGUUGUGUAACAACCCAUGUCCUCAUCCAGUCAUCAUCAUGCCCCACCACGUCCAGUUCGAUCACCUCUCACAUAUAAUUAACUACAUGUAUAGGGGUGAAAUAACAGUAGCUGAGGACCAAGUGAAGUCACUUCUUGAAACUGCCGAGCUUCUUCAGGUUCAUGGCUUAGCAAUUUCAGAUCCAGUGGCACUCAUUACUGACAAGUGCACUGAUUCGAGUACCUUAUUUUCUGAAAUGGCCAGUUAUUUAUCCCACUCCACAGGAAGGACAGACACUGCAGACAAUUCUUCUGAAGUAACUGUUCAAAAUAAAGGUUGUCAGGAAGUUAUCAAGCUUCCUACAUGUUCUUCUGUGGCUUUCACCUCACUUACUAGUCAUUCUGAAAAUACCAACCUUCAUUAUAAUGCCAAUAAAAUGGCCAACACUAACCAAAGCUCUUCUGCAGUUCAGUGCCAAUCAGUGUGUGGUUCUAGCACGGCAGCACUCACAAGAAUAAAUUAUAUAUCUACUCCAAUAAACAAACCAUCUCUAAAGGAGUCUUCUACAUAUGAUAGUGAUGUGCAAAAAAGCUUCUUUGAGGACAUUGAUAUUGUAAAAGAGGAGGUCAGCCUGUUGCACGACAGGCAGUGCUAUCUACAGGAUUCCCAUCAGAUUUCCCCUUCAUUCGAAGUUACAAGCCAGGAGCGUUUCACCUGACUCAGGAAUCAGUCUGUAGCUAAUUUAUGGUCCUCUACAUCCUCAAGACAUAUGCCAUUGGACAUGUGCAUACUAGUACCUUUUCUCUCUAUACUCAGUACAAAAUCAGUUCAAUGUGUUCCAAGUAUAACGAUGAUAUAUUCUAGCAGUGUACAGGAAUGUGUUUACCUUCACUGUAUUUAAAGUUCUGGUACCAACUGAAACAAGUCAUAUUGUGCUUGAUCCAACCCACCUUACAUGAGAAAGUACUAACAAGAAAUUCAAAAGUUUUAUAGAAAUACAUAUGACAGUGAAUAACUGUAUUUAGAAGGGAUUAAAUGCAUAAUAUAUAAUUUUGAGACACGCUACAUUGUAAGUUGACAAAGGAUGUUAUAGUAGUGUACUGCCUUUGCUUGUGACUUCUGAAAUUUUUGUACCACAAGACAAUGUCCAUUCUUAUAACUACAAAUAGGUAAUUAUACUCAUAAUACAUGAAAUAAGAAAUUGAUUCUUUCACCAUAAGGAUAAAUAAAGAACUGAAGAUAUAAUUAUAAAAACUGGAAUUGGUUCUGUGAACCACCACUGGAAUCAUAUCCUAUCAGUUUUACCCCUAAAAUACCAAAUAUGGACCUCCCUAACAUUUCUUGGCUCAGUUACAUUUCCUUUCCCUUCAUACAAAUUCCUAUUUUCUUCUACUGUAUAUAAACAUGGUUCCUUGAUUGGAAUAAUCAUUUGUACCAAUACCAGAGACAAGACAGCUGAUAUGGGGUGGUGAUAACUUCUAUGAUAUAUAGAACAAAUCACAGAAAAAAAUUAUUCUUCAAAAGUUGGUACAUACAGUAUUCUAAGAAUUAGUACAGUUUCUUGGAAUUGGUACAGUAGUACAGUAUUCUUAGAAUUGGUACAGUUAGUACAGUAUUCUUGGAAUUGGUAUAGUACAGUAUUCUAAGAAUUGGUACUGAUGAACCACUACUGGAAUCCUACCAGCCACAGGGCUGGCACAGAGAAAGGGUUAGUAGCCUGUAAUCUGAGGUUUUUUGUGUGACCAUGGGGGACUCAGUUUCAAUGACUAGGGCACAACCAGUAGUACUCUAAUGAGCCUUGAGAUUAGCCUUGUAUCCUGAUCAAGAGAGGGUGUGUGUAAGGAGUGUUAUGGUUUUUUUUACUGGCUGACAAGUCGUAGAUCAUUCAUGUAAGGAACAUUCAAACCAAGAAUGUUUACCUCCAGCCAUAAGGAUGGAAGCACGUACAGAAUUUGAUAUCUAAACGUAUGCCAGGACUUGCAGAAUAUUCUGAACCUAAACUGGUAAAAACUCAUCUUGCAGCUACAGUAUUUCUUCUGGUAUGUGCCAUAUCGCACCACUACUAAAAACUGCUUGCAAACAAGUUUCUGGUUUGACCCAGUGCUUCAUGUUAUAGGUUAGAUGUCCUCAGGUCAUCAAAUAUGAAACCUGUCUGUUGUUUGGCAGUUGUCCAGCUCUCUUUGCUAAAUGGUAAAGGAGUUGGAGGCAUUGUGGUUUACUUAUAAUGAAACUUACAUAACAUGCAAGGAAACAGUCUCAUUGUGUUCUCCAUUCUAGUAGGUGUGCUCGCUCUCUGUGGAUGAUGUACCCUGCCCAGAUGUACUUUCAUUACUAGAUUUGAGCCCUGUUUGAAUGAUUCUGCAGGGGGUCAUCAAACCCCAUGAGACAUAAAAUACUUACUUACCUUUGAUUUUUCUAUACUACAAUGGGUUCAGUGAUCCCCACUAUCCUCCGGUGUCCCCUUGUACACAAGUUAUCCUUGAGUCAGGUGAUUGACAGAUCAGUUAAUGGGAUCUUGAGGAUGGCUAGUGGGAAUGGUGAUAGUAAUAAUUUUCCACUGGUGAUGAGUGUAACAGGUUGCAUAAACACUUGAUUACCAGGUGGAAAACAGAAUUUGUAGGACUUUAAGGUUCUAUUUGUAUAUGGAGGAGACUGACAUACAUUAAGUAUGUGCCACUGUAUCAUACAUUUAUUGUUUAACAGUGUAGUGGCUAUUGGAUAAAGUAGCAGCUUAAAACAUCAGUUUUAGAACUAAUUAUUUUUCUUCCUAAGCCAGUAUUGAUAUAUUGGAGUUAAUGGAAUAAGGGGGCUCAGUGUACUUUAAUCCACCUAAUAAACAGAUCAACAGCAACAUACUCCCAAUGUUCAGCAAAGUUCCCCUGUAGAGUACUUUGUUUUUUCAUCACUGCCAAAAAGAUAAUCGUGGAAUUUAUAUUUGAUAUGAAGUAUUGCCACUGGUGCUAAGAUAAUAUGUAAAGGGUGUGUAUUCUCCAUAUACAGUACAAGUCAAGCUUGAAUAUACAUUAUAUUUUCAAGAUUCAGCUGUCUUCAAUGGGGUGUCUUGAUACUGGGGAGAAGGGUUCUUGAUUAAGGGAGAGGAGUUAGCUUUUCCUUCCUUGGCUCAAGCCUUUUACCUCCCAUUUCCCCAGGUGCUCCAUGACUUAUGGGUUUAGUGCUUCCCAUGAGUAUAAUAAAGAUUCAUCUUACAAUACGCUUUGUUGUACAGUAUUGUACCUCUCCUACACACCUUCCAGUUGCUUUGUUUUACAUAUUGUAAUGAGUGGUCGGAAUUUAGACAUAAGGCUAUAAAUAGCACUUUUUUAUUGCUGUGUUGCAUGUCAUAUUUCUUGCAGGAUGCUUCAUGUGAUGAAGAGCAGCAGCUUCAUACAAAGCUAUUCUCACAUUCUUCAUGAAAUGUUUCAUUUUCUGAAAAAUAAAUCAUUAUUUUGCUUAAUAUAUUCUUUGUACUUUUCAUUCAUUUAUAAAAUUCUUGGUCUAUAAUAGUGUGCUGCCUCCUCAUUAAAAAUAAAGUGGAUCAGGUACAACACUCAGUUCAUUCAUAUGUAUCCUCGACAGUGAAAGCAAGUGAAUAGUUUCAGUUCAUUCAUAUGUAUCCUCGACAGUGAAAGCAAGUGAAUAGUUACCUUCAUGCUACUAAAGUGCUGUGAUAAAAUUUCAGGUUAACAGUUGGGGCCAUAAUGAGCAUUAAAAGUGUGGUGUUUUGAUAAGGAUUUGUGUUUUUAGGCUUUUAUCCUUUUAAAAACUGAAUAAAAGUAUGAUUUAUAGACACAUCUCAACACCUAAUAGAGGGGAGAAUUUUGUUUAUAAGUAUAUAUUAGGUUUUAUUGUAUUUAUAGUACCGUAAAAAGGAGUGUGAAGUAUUAUGUAAAGUAAGGUAUCAUGUGCUGGAAAUGGGGUCCACUAAGUGACAACUCCAUGACUCGUCAACUGUGUCACAAGUAUUAAAAUUAUUUUUAUUUAAUUUAUUAGUUAUGGCAAGCCCUAAUGUUGCUCCUGAUCCUAUCUUUCAUAAUAUUAACUGGCCACUUUUGGGGCUUAGAUAGAGAUUAGUUACUACUGUAAGUCUUUCAUACCUGUCGCUGAAAAUGGAAUUUCAUGCUGUUGAUAGCAUGAAAUUCUAUUUUCGGCAAAAUCUCAAUUUGCAUUGACAAGCAUAAAGGAUAUAUGAACUAAACAAUCUUUACUCUAAAUCCGAGUGUGAUGGGGCACUGUGUAAAAUAGCAUUUGGGCCAACAUUGGGGACUAUCGUAGCAGAGAUGUAAAGGUAUGGCAUUACCAUUUAGUGAGUCCUGGUUUGAGUCCACUUGCCAUCUUGUUUCCACAAAUUGCUUCAUUCACAAUACAAUAGUAGAGAGUUCAUUGGUUAGCAUGGAUGCAGUUUGUUUUCCUUUACUGUAGCUCAGUUACUUUAUUUGAUGGAAUGCAUCUGGCAUGGUGAGAGACUGGAAGAAAAACUACCAGUAAGGAGAAGGAAUCAAAUAAUUAACACUAUGUUUGCAGUGCUGGUCUACCUUGCCUUGCACUAGGUUUGCAUUCUUUACAAAUUUCUCAAGCAAGAUGUUUAGGCAUUCCAUCUCUGACCCACUAACACAGUGCAAUACAGCUAAAUUACAGGUCAUGGAAAUUUAAAGAAAUAGUUACAUAAUUAACUAAUUCACUUGUUGUCAAAGAUAAGAAAAAGAGAAUAUUAAAACUUGAAAAUCAUUAGGAUCAGGCUUCCUUAACUGAGUGAAUGAUGGAAAAUGUGAUAGUAUUGCAAUAAGUAAAGAGGUGGUAGAGGAGUAAUGAAAGCUCUUGUGAUUGCAGUUUGUUGGUCUUCAAAAAACUGAGUAGGUAUAAGUGCUGCUUUUCCUUAACAACUCUGUAAGACUCCUUCCAAGAAAUCUGUGUUCUGGUCUAUGGCUAGUCCUUCCUGGGCCAGCUGAUCAGCAGAAAUGAAGUCAUACAGUACAAGGUUCAAGCUCGGGCUGUAGCAAAC